GACAGUUGUCAAAAGCCACCUAACCUUUAAACCCUCCGUGUCAUUCUAACCUAUAAGGUGGUAGUUAUGUAUGCUUUAUUCAAUUGAGAAAAUUAGAAUGAAACAAAAGUGCAUUAACUACAGUGAGGUUGUCAAGUUGUACAAAUUGUGAAGUCAGUUUUACGUUAAUUAAUGCACGGUGUAAAUUUUGUUGGCGAUAGUUGAGUAUGAUUAAAAAUGCUGAUUUUGGUUUUUUGGUGUAUUUGGUGGGAAUUGUGUACCCACGACGUAAUUCAUCCUGUUUUAUUCUGUACAUGUUUCUGAAUUACUGCAAUGUUUUGAAACAACAACAAAUAUUUACUCUUCGGGCUAUUACAAGCACAUUUUUUACCAACUUUGUAGGAAAGAGUGCAGUGUGGGAUUCAGAUAACACAGUUAUUGUGAAUGGAAACACAGAGGGUGGCAGUCUGAAAUAUUUAGUUGCUAAUGAACCUUCAAAUAAAAUAAUUAAAAGAAAAGUUAAUGUUAUUCAAAAACCGUUAAAAAAUAACUCCGUUGCAUUAAUAAGUUACAACUUAUUAUUUAAUCUUAAUAGUGCUAGUAACUGUACUUUUCGACACUGUAGAGACAAGAGUAUCAAGUUUGCCGAUGAAGUGGAACUGUCUUUAAUUAACACUUCUAGUGACUGGAGUCCAAUUGUUAUUGACACAUGUUUAAAAAAUUAUUUCACUCUUCCAAAACUUGUAUGCACAGGAGAUGUACUUUCAGUGGAUUUAAAGAAAUAUGGAAAAGAAAUAUUUUUUUUAUCGAAUAAAUUAAAUAAUAUAAAACAGACUUUAUAUUUUAAAUGUACAAAAGUCAUCUAUAUGGGAAAAUUAGUUCACGAAGGUUACUUGUGUGCAACAAAUAAGUCAACAGUAAAACAAGUGAGCAACAUACAGAGUUUUAUUCCUAGAAUAUUUUCUUGUGAAAGGGAAAUAUGUGAUGACUUAUUAUCAUGUCCUGAAGGUUUUUUUUCUUAUUUCGAAUCUAUGAAGAAAGCAGUCAUUCCGUUUGUUAACAAAACUCAGUCAAAUUUUCAACCAAUUUUUUUGGUGGAAGGACGUAAGGGAAGUGGAAAAAGCUUACUCGUGCAGUGCCUUGCUAACUACUUUGGAAUGCACCUGUACACAAUAAACAACUUUGAUAUUUCUGCUAAUAUUUAUGCCCAGAACGAAGUGAAAUUAAAAAAUGUUUUCUUUGGAGCCAAGAUGGUUGCACCAUCCAUUGUAGAGAUCAAAGAUUUUGAGAAUUUUGGUAAAAACAACGAAGGUGAAUAUGACGAAAGACUAAUAAGUCAUUUCAUACAAGAAGUCCGUAGUCUCUUCAGAAAUAAUUCCUUUCCAUUGGUCAUGUUUUGUUGUUGUAAUGAAAAAUGUAUUCCUGGAGAGUUAAAACGAAUUUUUUUAAAAAUAUUUGACAUCAAAGCUCCAAACGAUUCAGAAAGGGAAAAAAUAUUAUGGUGGAUUUUAGAAAGCAUGAAUGCAAAAACCGACGCUGAUAUAAACGGCAUUGCCAAUAAAACACAUGGGUUUUUAUUUGAAGAUUUAAAGGCAUUAGCUCAUCGUGCUGUGACAGAAUUUUAUAGUGAACAUACUAAUGAAGAAAGUGUACCUGAAAAUUACUUUUUACGAGCCUUAGAAUUUAUGCAGUCUACAUACCAUGAAAACUUAGGUGCUCCCAGAGUACCACAAGUUAAAUGGGACGAUGUUGGAGGAUUAAGCGAUGUUAAAGAGGAGAUAAUAAAAACAAUAAAAUUGCCACUUAAACAUCCCGAUCUUUUGAAAACAACUGGUUUAAAACGAUCAGGUCUAUUACUCUAUGGACCUCCAGGAACAGGCAAAACACUAAUUGCUAAAGCUGUCGCUACAGAAUGUGGUUUAUGUUUUUUGUCUGUAAAAGGUCCAGAACUUCUAAAUAUGUAUGUUGGACAGUCUGAACAAAAUGUAAGGGAAGUAUUUGAAAGAGCUAGAGACGCUUCCCCUUGUAUAAUAUUUUUUGACGAACUGGAUUCUUUAGCUCCCAACAGAGGUGCUUCUGGUGAUUCGGGGGGCGUAAUGGAUAGAGUAGUUUCCCAGUUGUUAGCCGAGAUGGAUGGUUUAAAUAAAAGCGGCGUAAUUUUUAUCAUAGGAGCAACCAAUAGACCUGACUUAAUUGAUCCUGCACUUCUAAGACCUGGAAGAAUUGAUAAGUUGCUUUAUGUGGGUCCCUGUACUGAUGAGGAUUCUAAAAGUGCAGUUCUAACAGCUUUAACACGAAAGUUUCUUCUUGAAGAAAAUGCAGUAAUAGACAAAACUGUUAAAAUUUGUCCUGACAACUUCAGUGGGGCAGAUUUUUAUGGCAUUUGUUCAGGCGCGUGGAUGUCUGCAGUACGACGGCUGAUAUCGGACAUUGAAAAUGGCUACAAAGGAAGUGCAAAUCAACCAACACUCAACGAUGUUGUUGUAACAUUAGACGAUUUUCAAAUUGCAAUAAAAAAUAUUAAACCAUCGAUUAAGCAAGAAGACCUGGAAUAUUUUCGUAAUUUGGAAUCUAGCAGAAAAUGACAGCGAAUUUUUUAGUAAAUAUUGGAUGAUUUAUACCUACAAAAACCAAAGAAGACUGAAAAGUGCUGCGUUGUUUGCUUGUGGAAUAUGUAAAGAUAUUUUAAAUACCUUUUGUGUUCAAAGAGUAAUAAAUAGGUAAAUCCUUAAAAGCAUGUUGGUAAAUAAAUUGUUAUUUUAUAUACAUAAA